AUGGGGACUAUUGUUAACAAAAAGAUCGUUCCCCAGAAGAAGAAUGUAUUCUUACAUAGAGUCAAUACUUCCACCAGCGAGCAGCUAAAACUUCAAGUUCAUCCUAAUGGAUUAAACAUGAUGGAAGGGAAAGUUGGGUUAUCUCAGAAGGACCGCAUGCUCUCAUCCCAAGAUGAGUUGACGGCAAGGGUGAGCAAUGUCACAGAAUUCAUCCUACUGGGGCUGACCCAGAAUCCAGAACUGCAGAAACUCUUAUUUGGUGUUUUGUUAAUCACCUACUUGAUCACAUUGGCAGGCAACCUGCUCAUCGCAGUCACCAUCUUCAUCAGCCCAGCCCUGGCUUCUCCCAUGUACUUCUUUCUGUCCUAUUUGUCCCUUAUAGAUGCGUUCUACUCUUCUUCCAUCGCACCCAACAUGAUCUUUGACUUGAUCUCUGGAACAAACACCGUAUCCUUCAAAGGCUGCAUGACCCAGCUCUUUGCUGAACAUUUCUUUGCUUCAGCUGAGAUCGUCUUGUUGAUUGUCAUGGCCUAUGACCGCUAUGUAGCCAUCUGUAAGCCCUUGCACUACAUGACCAUCAUGAGCCCACCUGUGUGCACUUUCCUGGUCGGAAUGGCUGGGGCCUUAGGGUUUAUUCAUGGAGGGAUCCAGGUUUUGUUCAUGGUCCAGUUACCAUUCUGUGGCCCCAAUGUCAUUGAUCAUUUCAUGUGUGAUUUAAUCCCUCUCCUGGAGCUAGCCUGCACAGACACGCACACCUUGGGGCCCCUGAUUGCUGCCAACAGUGGGUCACUGUGUUUGGUAAUCUUUUGCAUGCUGGUUGCUUCCUAUGGUGUCAUCCUGAGGUCCCUGAGGACUCAUAGCUCUGAAGGGCGUCGCAAAGCUCUGUCUACCUGUGCCUCUCAUGUCACGGUUGUUAUCUUGUUCUUUGUACCUUGUUCAUUCCUGUACUUGAGACCCAUGACCUCCUUCCCCACUGACAAAGCUGUGACUGUGUUUUGCACCAUAGUAACUCCCAUGCUGAACCCUUUAAUCUAUACUCUCAGAAAUGCAGAAGUGAAGGAUGCCUUGAAAAAACUCUGGGGACAAAUAAUGAAAACAGGUGGUAAAUAA